AUGUUUAGACGCCUACCUGACAGUCUACCAGAGGACCCGGCGUGGGAGGCGGACUUAACCAGGCUUGGUUACUUUAUCAACGAGAAGUCUGAGAUUCGGCAAAUUAGACAUCCUACUGAGCGCUUCAAGUUCAACGUCACGAACAACGAGAUCGCGGACCGUAUGGAACGGUUGGGCGCACCGGCAUUGUACCUCCCUCAGAUGACGACCGAGGACCCCAAGGAGCCUUGCGUUCCGAUCUUUGCCACGCGACAGGCGGACCUCAAGACGAAACAGACUGUAAUUGUCAUCGUUAACGACUUCAUCCAAGACCUAGGGGUUUGGGCGUACCGCACCAUUAACGAUCAAGGCUUUGACGUCGGCUCCUGCGCCGGCACGCUCAAGUCCCUUAAGCGUCGCGCUGGCUCGACCGAAACCGAGCCUGGCCUCGUCGUGCUCAACCCGGGCCAGUGUUACUACUCGCACAGGGAGAAGCGCGCUCUCAGUCACGCGUCUUGGGAGGCGUUACCGAGGAAGAGCCUCUUCCACCCGGCGAUCAAAGUGCACGAAGCGCAUAACCUCAUUCCCGGGUCGCGAGACGGGCGUGAACACAUCGCGACAGCCUUCGCUAAGGUCAUCAACAACGCGGCAUACGUGAGCGAGAACGCGAACUUGUUCGUCGUCGGCAUCGGCCAGGGCACUACCGGCGUGCUGUCGUACCUUGACGAACACUGGUCCGCCAUGAGCUCCCGCGUCAAGGCCGCAGCAUGGGUGCAUCCGCAUGUCGACCCGCAAACUCUCAAUCCCUCUCUCGCGAAGUUUGUAGAAACACGCACGCGCGCGUGGGUCGUCUCCGCCGCGCCCGUCAACACGUGCGUCGGCAUCGCCGACCGCGACGACAGACCAACGCGCAGCGCGGACUCGUCCCGCCUUUGGGAGGACGCGGACGAGGAGCCGAAAGAACACUUCAUCUGCCCCACCUUCUCAGGCGGCGAGGAGAACUUUGUCGAGUGCGUCUUCCCCAAGAGCUGCGAUGCGAUGCUUGACUUCUUCGACGACGUCAUGACCGUCGGCGAAAAGUAUGUCAACCCGGCCUUUGAGCCGGCUCGGAAUUCUCAGAGCGGUGCUGCAAACGCCAGAGCUAAGGUUGCCGGGCUGAACGUCACGAUUGAAGAGCUGGACAAGACCGGAAAGUCUACGUAGCGUGGUGACAGCGUUGACGGAGUCUGCGGAACAUGCAAACGAAUGUUGGUCUGCAGGAAGGGGGAUUGGCGGAGUCGGUGCUGCACAUUCGAUCUGCUCAAGAGGGUGGGCCAGGACUAAGCUAGACUCAAGAUUGUCAAGAACUUCAGUACCAAAUCAG